GCGCGGCAAAGGCUAUAUAUUCGUUGUAUUGUAUGCGCCCGCGCAGUGACCGACUCAGCACGCUUGCGUAUUGCAUUGUGACCGUGAAAAGUUUUGAACGUCAAAAUGCGCUGUCUAAUCAUAGCCACGGCAGUUUUAGCAGUGGCACAAGCUAGACCUGGGUUUAUAUUUACCCAGCCUUUGCAGCCAAUUGGAGUGGAAUACGCCCACGCGUCAAUUCCAGCUGUCCGAGCCCACCCAGCAGUAGAAUUAAACGCAGCCAGCGAAGCUCUAUUACCCCGUGAUUUGUUAAAGUCCAGUGAUUUCUACGACAAUCCAGUGAUUGCUUCUGGAUUAGCGAAGGAGUCGUGGUUCACCAAUAAGGAGAUGCAAGUUGUUGAGAGAGAAGCAGAGAAAAUUCCGAGGCAGAAAAUUUAUAAUAUCGUCAAAAAUGCUGGAUUUUUGGAUAGUCAUUAGGUGCUAAUAUAGAUUUUACAUCUAGAUAGAAUAUCAAGUGUCAAAUGUAACGAAAAAACUGUUAUCUAACUCCAACAGUUCGUUGAAGUGUAUUUUUUUUAAUAAAACGAAGCGCGCCAUUUUUUGGUGUUGCCAGUAAUAACUGUAAUAAUUUAACAUCCUUAUAAAGUACACGCUGGCCAAUAUUGUAAGUUUAAGUAUAAUAGAAAUAUGUGGGCUAUAAUAGAAAUAGAUUACAUAAAACUAAAGUACCAUAGGUCAUUUGUAGCGAGAUAUUCUUUCUGGAUGUUUACAUUUAAUAGCAAACUUUUUUUUUUUUAUAAAGUAAUAAGUAUUUUAGAAAACGAGGGUUCACAUCAACUAAGUGUUUAUUUUUCAUUACAUUUCAAAAAUUUUGUCAAGUUUUUAUACAUGCAUGUUCUUGUAGUAAUUAAUUAUUUAUUGUAAAUAUUUAUGAUUUAAUGUUUUAAAUAUUAUAUAAGAACAUAGAUAAUAAUGAUAUCGUCACCUUGUAUACUUUAGAUGUAUUAGUUUAAAUUUUGUGUAUCUAAGUCAUAACUUACAAUGUAACAACGUAACCUUUGAAUGAGUAAUUGUAUAUAACUAUCAUUAAUUAGACUUGUAUU